AUGAGUAUCAUGCUAGAUCCGGAGCAGUUGUCCCGAGGACGGACUUUUGCCAACAGUUGGGAGCCUGCCAAGCUGCUAAAAGUCAUUGCAAAGAGCCCCCGUACCUUGGAAACUGGAAUCAUCGAUAUCGAGGUUCGACCUGUGCCAGAGGCCAUCCGAUGCAAGGAGAAGGCUACGGAGGACUUUGGGAAUAUGAGAUGUCUCCCGAACGAAGUCGUGGACCUGAUUGUCCACAGAUUGGACAUACUGAGUGCUAUAAGUCUGUCAUACGUCAAUCGCAUCACCAAUCAGUUUGUGCAGCAAAGCCCGGUUUCAUUUCUGAGGCAGUGGGCCCCCGGCAUGCCUAAGAUUCUCAGAAAGACCCAGAUCCACCAGAACUGGUCGAUUCAUGAGCUUAAAGAGGCAAUUAUCCGCGAGAAGUGUGUGGUAUGUGGCGAUGCGUCCGUUCAACUCUAUCUUCCGACGAUGGAGCGGAUCUGUCACCCCUGCAUGCACGAAAAUCACGCAUACUGGUGUCUCCCCGUAGAACAGGCAGCCAUUAUCUUUGGCCUGGACUUACCCGAUCUCAUCAAUACACAAACCAUGUAUCUGCCAAGGCUGAGCAAGAAUGGCUUUGAUCUGGGGGAACUUGGGGCCUGGGUUGUUCCUGUCAAAUUGGCACUGACCAAAGCACUGAAGCUGUAUGGCACCCGCAAGGGGAUUAAGCGUGCUGUGGAAGGCAGUCCGUCAAGUUCCGAUGCCGACGAAGAACAGGACCCUCCCGAUGAUGAAGAAUUUGUGGUCGAAAACCAGCAUGACAUUUAUCGCGCUGCUCCCCUGAAUACCCCCAACUCCGUCAAACUGCGCUUGCUCAUCUCAAUGGGAAAUUAUCAUCAGCAUGCUCACCACCAUGAGGUUGCUUGUCGGGUACCUGUCGUCAAUCGAGACAAUACGCGCAGAAUUCUUUACUCGUGCCGUGGUUGCACUGCCAUGCUCACACACCCCAAGAUGGAAUCAAUUUCUGACAACUACAUGCGGAUGAUGGGGCUUGAUCCCGCCCUUGACAAGUAUCAGCGAUCGUUUGCGAUUUUCCGUCGCGCCUUUCGUGUGUGGACUUUGGCCGAGAUGAUCGAGCAUAUUCGAACCGACUGCAUUGGGAGUUGGUUCCUGCUGCAUGCUGCGGAUUAA